AUGGCUGAUAACCCCUUUUCCGACGCCAGGGCGGUGGACAGGAGGAAUACCGCACUCCCCUACCCCCAGGAUUUAAACGUCAAUUUUAUGGCUUACUUCUCAGUCUUUAUCGUUUCAUUGUCCUCGCGUCCAGCCGAUAUUAUGACAACAACUGCAAGCGCCGUGCCCAACGGCCCAGACACGAAAAAUGGCUACACCUUUAUAUACGUGAAUAUACCUCUCCUUGUCAUUGCGACGCUUAUUGUUGGAUUUCGUGUAUGGUGGCGGUGCAUCAAAAUCGGCGGCGGCGCGCUGAACAAGGCCGAUAUAUGCGUUGUCAUCUGCCUGAUAUUUAACAUUAUUCAAGUAGCCUGUAUCACAGUCGCAAUUUUGAACUGGGGCUUUGGACAUCACGCCCCUUAUCUCACCGCGGAACAACGCUACCACUCGUUGCUAUACUUUUUCAUCUUCCAGUGCUUUGUCAAGAACACUGUCGGCAUAACGAAACUAUCGUUUUUGUUCCUUUACCUCGACAUUUUUCCGCAGAAAAAAUUCCGAAUUAUCUGUUGGGCACUUAUCAUUCAGAUAGCUCUCGGUCUGGUUGCCCUCAGUUUCACAACAAUCUUUCAGUGCACUCCGGUUAAGUAUUCUUGGGAUAAAACUAUACCUGGCCAUUGUAUCAACAUCAAAGCGUUUUGGUAUGGUCAAUCUGGAUGGAACACCCUCAUGGAUGUUGUGGUUCUCAUCUUGCCAAUUCCUGUGAUUCUAAAAUUACAGAUGAAUCGUCGCGCAAAGCUUAGCAUUUUGGCUGUCUUUGUUCUAGGAGCGUUUGUCUGCAUCACUAGUAUCGAACGUCUUAUUAGUCUCAACUUCAAUGCCACUUUCAUCUUGGACUUCACUUGGGCGACUGGAACAUCUGUCAUCUGGACUCAAGUAGAAUCUACGGUCGGCGUGAUUUGUGCCUGCGCACCAUCGCUGAGAAUGCCGCUGGCCCGGUUUAUUCCCUUCUUAUUCGGCUCCUCGAACCAGGGCCGAUCAUACGAGCUGAGUGAUGGUGUCCACGGUGGAGGUGCACGGUCAAGCAACUGGAACAGCCAAUCCAACCGCUCGAAGAAGCGUAGUGAGUUCGAUGAUGGUAUGGAUGAUUUGGAGACAAACUACAAGAGCGAAGGCAGUGAAGAGAGGAUAAUGGGUAUUAAGAAAACUGUUAGUAUCGACAUGACAUUUCAGGAAAGGGCGCGCGAUGCAGGUGCAGAUGGCAACAAGAUGUAUACUGCGUGA